AUGGUGAUGCUACUGGGCACCGCUUGCUCUGAAGUCACCGAGAGCAUCGCCAAGAUCGUGCCCUACUGGAAUAUUGUGCAGGUGUCAUUCGGCUCCACGUCACCAGCUCUAAGCGACAGAACAGAGUUUCCCCUCUUCUGCAGAACAGUGGCUCCUGAUUCUUCACAUAAUCCCGCCAGAAUUGCAUUCAUUAGACAAUUCGGCUGGGACACUGUAACAGCAUUCUCACAGAAUGAGGAGAUCUACUCGUUGGCUGUCAACGAGCUCGUCACCCAGCUGGAAGCCGCCAACAUCACGUGCGCUGCUUCCAUCACCUUCGCGGAGUCAGACUUCAAGGAACAGCUGCAGCAGCUUAAGGAGCUGGACACCCGUAUCAUCAUCGGCAGCUUCUCACAGGAGAUGAUACCGAAAAUAUUCUGUGAGGCGUUCAGACUGGGCAUGUUCGGCGCGGAGUAUGCCUGGCUAGUAUCAGGCAUGCCCCCGCGCAUCCGCGGCGCCCCGCCCUGUGCCCGCCCACAGCUUGCGCGUGCGCUCGAAGGCUUGGUCACCGUGACUGCGCACAGAGGCAUCGUUGGAGACGCUGCUUCUAUUUCUGGGUUGACCAAUGAAAAGUUCCACCGAGAAAUGGAAGCGGCCGGAGUUGCAGUCUCCCCCUACGCUCCACAAACGUAUGAUGCAGUUUGGGCCAUAGCCCUAGCGUUAAGCAAAGCAGAACAACUCUGGAGGUCUCUGGGUGACCAGAGCAGUAAUGGAACGAAUGCUACAAGACUUGGACUCAGCCAUUUUGAUUAUGAUAGACAGGAUAUGGCGAAGGAGUUCUUGGACCAGCUCGCGAACCUCAGUUUUGUUGGAGUUUCGGGUCCCGUCUCAUUCAAUGGAGCUGACAGGAUAGGCACGUCUGCUUUCUAUCAAAUUCAAGGUGGUAGACCAAAGACAGUAGCCCUAUACACCCAUGGGAGGGAGAUGACCUGUACUGAAUGCGCUCGGCCCCAAUGGGCUGGAGGUGUUCCAGCAGCUCGAAGGGUGCUGGUCCUUAGAGUGGACUCCGUGUGGCCUCCCGCUAGGCUUGCAGUUGCUGCCCUUGCUGCAUUGGGUGUUGCCUUAGCUCUAGCCUUCCUAGUGUUCAACUUGCAUUAUAGUAAACGAAGAUCAAUAAAGUUGUCAUCUCCUCGUCUAAACAACAUGACGCUGAUCGGCUGCGUGUUAGUGUAUACAGCGGUGGCACUGCUAGGUGUCGACAAUGCGACCCUACCUUCUUACGUGCCCUUCUCUGCUAUGUGCACUGGCAGAGUCUACAUCCUGUCGGCAGGGUUCUCCUUGGCUUUUGGUUCCAUGUUCGCGAAGACGUACCGCGUUCAUAGAAUAUUUAUAAGCAACCGGAGUGGUGUCUGUAAAACAAAAUUGCUGCAAGACACACCGCUGAUAUCGUUAGUAUGUGCGUUACUGGUCAUCGAUGGUAUGAUAGUCACGCUAUGGACGAUGCUGGACCCCAUGGAGAGGCACCUCAAGAACCUGACAACGGAGAUCAGCACGACUGACAGAAGUGUCAUUUACCAACCUCAGAUAGAAGUUUGCAAAUCUCAAAACACAACAGGAUGGCUUUGUGCCCUCUACGCCUAUAAAGGCCUGCUCCUCAUCGUAGGGGUCUACAUGGCUUGGGAGACCAGAAACGUCAAGAUAUCGGCUCUAAACGACUCCAAGUACAUUGGAAUCAGUGUGUACUCCGUUGUCAUCACCAGCGCCAGUGUGGUGGUUAUUGGAACUAUCAUCUCUGAGAGAGCUACUCUGGCAUAUAUCUCGAUAACAAGCUUGAUUUUGAUAACUACUACGUCUACAUUAUGUUUGCUGUUUUUACCGAAGAUUGUCGCUAUUAGAAGUAAUGCUGAAGAAGACCCAGUAAUACAAAGCAUGGGCCUAAGACUAGAAUGUAAGACACGAAGAUUUGUGACAGAUGAAACACAAGAACUUCACUUCAGGAUAGAGAUACAGAACAGAGUGUAUAAGAGAGAGGUGGCAGCACUGGACAAGGAGAUCGGAAGGCUGGAGAAGCUGUUGGCUGAACCCCUGGACUCAGGAAGCGGGUCGAAUGCAUCUCUGUCUUUGCAUAAACGGACUGAACUAAACACCGUUGAAGAAGAAGGCAUGGCUCACGUAGACGGUGACCGACGCACACCGAGCAUCAGCGGCGGUCUACCGAUGCUACUACUAUCCGUCCUCCCACCUGUCAUACCACGAGCCAGCUGGCCAUCAACCGACGCCUUCCGAGGACGAAACUCCGUCAGCUUCAGCUCACAACCAAAACUUAACUACAGGAAGUCCCAACCAGCAAUAGACUUAUAUAAUCUCUGCCUAAACAAAAGAGAAGAACACACUGGUCUACUCAGUAGAAUAAAGAGUUUCUUCGGCAGCAGUAGACCUACAAGUAGAAAGGCAUCUACCAUGUCAAUAGCGGAUCCUACAGGGGCCAGUAUAGCAGCAGCACUCAAAAUGCACGUAGGUAUGAUAGCAGGACUUGUUCCAGGGAACAGGAAACAUUCCAUGGUCUUAUCCUGCAACACUCUUCACGUGCCCCACCCAGAACUAAAACUAAGAAGAGAGUCUUACGCGAAAAGUGGUCCUAUUAUCCGAGUGACUGAUGAUGAACCUUCUUGUUCAUAUGAUCCUGAUCCUCCGAGACCGUUGCAGCAAAAAUAUAUCGCUGAACCUGAGACAAAGGUUAACUUCGUUCUACCAACGACGCAUCAAAGACCGAUGUCUCAUCAGAAUUCCUGUGAGAAGAUCAAAGGGUCUCCAAGGUUCCCUCAUCGUAUAGCACCGUCAGCUGCUAAUAGUCUGAGCACCCUUGACACUCGAAGGAAGACCAGUGCUGACAGCGUGUUCAACAUAACUGCAAGGGUUUUUGAAGAACAGAGACGGUACAGCCAUCAGAAUGUCAGCCGUGAUGCCAAAGGGAAGUCUGUCUUAGAAAGCAGGUGGAAAUCCACUGAGGAUGCACGACCUGGUCCUUCGUCCAGGGAGUAG